GAAUCUCCACCUCCUGACUCUAUGACGUCUAAGAGCUGUGUGUGAGUGACAGAAACGCAAAGGGGUUUUGUUCCGGAAAUCAGCUGCGCUACAAAAACACAGACUGACAACUUCUAAGUGUUGAGAAAUGCUGCGUGCGUGAUUUUUUUAAAAGUAACUCAGCCAUGAGCUAGUACAGGAGUAUGUGAAGUCAUUUUGUGCUGGCAGUUAAUAUUUGCAAACAUGCCAGGAGUGUCGUCAGGUGUGAAGGAGCUGUACCUUUCAUCCUCUUUGGGUGAGCUAAACAAGAAGGCUGAGAUUAGAGCAGACAAAAUCAAUACAAGAAGCUAUGUUCAGAGCGCAUGUAAAAUCUUUAAGACGGCAGAGGAGUGUCGUUUAGACAGAGAUGAAGAAAAGGCAUAUGUCCUGUAUAUGAAGUAUCUGUCUGUCUAUGAGCUUAUUAAAAAACGACCAGACUUCAAGCAACAGCAGGAAUAUUACCUCUCUAUCCUUGGACCAACAAGCUUUAAAAAGGCUAUCGAAGAAGCAGAGAAGCUGUCAGAUAGUCUUAAGCUCAGGUAUGAGGAAGCCGAAGUGCGCAAAAGGCUUGAAGAAAGAGAAAGGCAAGAAGAAAAGAAAAAACAGGAAAAAUUCAGAAAUGAGGAAGAGGACUCGGGGAAGAGUGCCUUGAAGGACUUGCCAGGUUUCAGGAAAGAAAAUAAGAAGAUAAAAGGGGAUCCAAUAGAUGCAAAGAAGGUAGAAAGUGAUACAACUAAAGGAGGAAUCACAGCUGAAAAACUCUUCAAAAUGCUGCAGGAUCCAAGAAUCAGUGUCAUUGUCAUGGAUGCAAGGAGUCAAAAUGAUUACCAAGAGUCACGAAUGCAAGUGUCUACCCAGAGCUGCAUCAGCGUUCCUGAAGAGGCUGUCAGUCCUGGAAUAACUGUAAACCUGAUUGAGGCCAAGUUGCCAGAGGAAUCCAAAGGGCAGUGGAAGCAGCGGGGGGUUGUGGAUUACAUCGUUAUGUUGGACUGGUUCAGCUCUGUGAAGGAUCUAAAGCUAGGGACAACUCUGCAGAGUCUAAAAGACGCCCUGUUUAAGUGGGACAGUCAGACUAUCUUACAGAGUGAGCCCUUCGUCUUGGAAGGAGGUUAUGAAAGCUGGCUUUUGUGUUAUCCCAUGUAUACAACCAAUGCUAAAGUCAUACUGCCCAGGCAAGAAAGGACUGAAACUAUCCCUGUGUCUUUGAACUUCAGCUAUCCAUCCUUGGAGGAGCCUCCUGCCCCUGUUACCCCAGAGCCAGAGCCCGAGCCGCAGCCAGAGCCCGAGCCAGAGCCCUCUCUGGAGCUGAAUGGAAUGAAAGGGUCUGUUGAAGCAGAGCUUCCGAAGGAAGACGUGGAAGAGCUGGAUGAGACCUCAAGAAUAAUCACUAAGCAGACUCCAUGGUCUCCUUCGGCUUCUGCUGCUAAACCUGUGAAUGUGUCAGCCAGGCAGCCUGCAGUGACGGCAAAGGUUAUUCCUCAGUUUGACCGCACAAAAAAGCCAUCGGUUAAAAUACCAGACAGUUCCAGACCAAACCAUGAAGCCACAGCCAAGGACCAACAGCCAGUUCCAAAUGGACCAGUCAUUCCAGACCGUUCAAUAAAGCCAUCGUUCGACAAGAAGAACCAGGAGGAGCAGCGGAGAGAUCAAGAGAGGCAAGAGCUGGAGCGGAGGAUGAAGGAAGAGGAGGAGGAGGAGAGGAAGUGGAGAGAGAAGCUGCAGGAGGAGAGAGAGAAGGAAGAAAGAGAGCGCAAACUCAAAGAAGAGGUGGAAAGGCUUGAUGCAGAAAAGGCAGAGCAGGACAAGGAGCACACUGGAGAUGCUCAGGAGAAGAGCUCUAGAGAAUCCUCUCCUGAUAUUACAACCAAUGAUGAGAACAAAGUUCCUUUGAAACAUAGUAAUGAAGUAGAGAAUGGGAGCCGAAAGACAAGAUUUAUAAAAGAUAAUACCGAAGAAGACAUUGAAAAACCGAAGCCCCAGCGAGAGCCAUUAACACGAGCAAGAAAUGAGGAGAUGGGGCGAAGUGUCCCGGGACUGCCAAAUGGGUGGAUGAAGUUUUUGGACACGGUGACUGGUACUUACCGUUACUAUCAUUCACCUACAAACAUGGUCCACUUGUACCUGCCUGAGAUGAGUAUAUCUGCGACUCCACCUGCUACUCCCCCCACCGCUAAACUAAAGCAGCCCCCCCAGGCAGAGCUGGACAGGGAGCACUCCAAGCUGAAACGCUCCUAUUCGUCCCCAGACAUCACCCAGGCCAUUCAGGAGGAGGGGAAGAAGAAAGUCCCUGUGAUACCCACCAUCAACCGGGAAACCAAGCCCCCAAGCCUCACUGACUACACUAAAACAGAAAUUGUUGUGCGACCCUCGGCAGCCAAGAUCCGUAACCUGAACCCUGUGUUCGGAGGCCUAGGGCCCGCUCUCACUGGGCUUCGAAAUCUCGGCAAUACCUGCUACAUGAACUCCAUCCUGCAGUGUCUGUGCAACACGCCCCGCAUGGCUGAAUACUUCCACAGGAACUAUUAUCAAGAUGAUAUUAACAGAUCCAAUUUUCUGGGACAUAAAGGUGAGGUAGCUGAUGAAUUUGGGGUAAUAAUGAAGGCACUGUGGUCAGGGCAGUAUAAAUUCAUAAGUGCUCGAGACUUCAAAAUCACCAUUGGGAAGAUCAACGACCAGUUUGCUGGCUAUGAUCAGCAGGAUUCACAGGAGCUGUUGCUUUUCCUGAUGGAUGGGCUCCAUGAAGAUCUGAAUAAAGCUGACAAUAGGAAGAGGUACAAAGAAGAAACCACUGACCACCAGGAUGACAACAAAGCAGCAGACCUUGCUUGGGAAAAACACAAGAGGCUCAACGAGUCCAUCAUUGUCGCUCUGUUCCAAGGCCAGUUCAAAUCCACAGUACAGUGUCUGACUUGCCAUAGAAAAUCAAGGACGUUCGAAGCUUUCAUGUAUUUAUCAUUGCCACUAGCAUCCUCAAACAAGUGUACACUGCAGGACUGCCUGAAGUUAUUCUCCAAAGAGGAGAAGCUGACAGACAAUAACAGAUUCUUUUGCAGUCACUGCAAAACUCACAGAGAUUCAACAAAGAAAAUAGAAAUCUGGAAACUCCCACCUAUUCUGUUAGUGCAUUUAAAACGAUUUUCAUAUGAAGGACGGUGGAAACAGAAGCUCCAGACUUCUGUAGACUUUCCUUUGGAAAACUUGGGCAUGUCCCAAUAUGUCAUUGGCCCAAAUAAUAACUUGAAAAAAUAUCACCUCUAUGGAGUAUCUAACCAUUAUGGAGGCUUGGAUGGAGGGCACUACACUGCCUACUGUAAGAAUGCUGUGAAGCAGCGGUGGUACAAGUUUGAUGACCAUGACGUGUCAGAACUUUCUGCAUCUUCAGUAAAGUCCUCGGCUGCUUAUAUCUUCUUCUACUCCUCACUGGACCACCGAGUGCCUGAAAUGGCUGCAUAUUAAAAAUGCAUGUCUUUCCUUGGAGAAUACCACCUCUCAGUAAAUCAUAAAUAGGACUGUUGCUUGAAUAACAGAUAGAGAGCUGUAGAAGUAUCAGUAUCAUACAAUCUAACAGCACUUCUCUUAAUAGAAAAUUCUGUACAAAACUUCAUUUAUGAACGGCAUUAGUGGGUUAGUAGAAGAAAGAAGAAACAAAAAAUGAAAGCAUAUUUAAUUUUACCACACCCCAGGUGAUGGAGCAUUUAUGCAACACAAAUUGUGUUCUUAAAAUAUUUUACAAAUAACUUUCAUAUUUUGAUUAUAUGGUAGCAUUACUGGAACUAAAUGGACACCCUAUAAAUGUUCUGUCUUUCGCAGUUUCAUUAUUGUGGCCUUUUUUUUUGUUUUGUUUUUUUCACAUAACUGACCUUAAGCUUUCCUAUACUGUGAAUAUGUUAGAAUGAACAGGUCAGAAUGUAAAUGUUUAUACUGAUCUGCAAAUUCUGCACAGUAAACCUACUUUUGUACAUAGUGGGGAAAAGAAAACUUGUAUUUAAGUGACCAACUUUGGCUGUGAAUGAGGGAGUUGCAUGUUCUAUGAAAUCCACUGCUGUACUUAAUCCUCCAAUACUUUUGCAUAGAGAAAUAUUAUUUUCAGCUAGCUUUUGCAAUAUUUGUGCAGAAUAAAUUUUACUUGCUCCUA